GUAUAGAUUUGUGUGAGUGCAACUAAAGGUUAUGGAAUGAGUCAAAGCUGGAGAGGUGGAUCACGAGGAUGGAGAGGAGGUGGAGGAGCAAAUUACUCAGGAGGAUGGGGAGGUCGCCCCUGGAAGCAAAGAGACAACGGAAGGGGCCAGAAUGGAAACUGGAACAGAAACCUUGUCACCAACCCCUCAAGUCAUUCCAGCAGCCCCACCGGUCCUCGAUUAAUUCAGACUACACUGGAUAAGUAUGUUCCAUACAAAGGCUGGAAGCUUUACUUCUCUGAAGUGUACAGUGACAAUUCCCCGUUUGUGCUGAAGGUGCAGGCCUUUGAGAAGUUCUUUACAAAACGCUUAGAGUUGUAUGAUAAGGAUGAAAUUGAAAGGAAAGGCAGCAUCCUUGUUGACUAUAAGGAACUUCUUCAGGACACCGAACUCAUGUCUUCUGUUCUACUGACAACGGACCUAAAAGACAUGCCUGAGAAAGUCCUGGAUUGUAUGGGGCUAGCAAUCCACCAGGUGUUAACUAAGGACCUUGAGAGACAUGCGGCUGAGUUACAGGAGCAGGAGGGCCUUCCAUUAGAGGAGACCCCCAUUGUCAAUGUGCCGUACAUACAUACAAGGGUAUAUAAUUAUGAUCCAUUGACUGCUUUGAAAAACCUUAGGGCCAACCUUUAUGGAAAAUAUGUUGCGUUACGAGGCACAGUUGUGCGAGUCAGUAAUAUUAAACCCCUUUGCACCAAAAUGGCUUUUGUAUGUAACAUGUGUGGUGAUGUCCAGAGCCUCCCGCUGCCGGAUGGAAAGUACACCAUUCCAACAAAGUGCCCAGUCCCAGAGUGCCGAGGCCGUUCAUUUACACCGAACCGAGGUUCUCCUCUGACAGUGACCGUGGACUGGCAGACGAUCAGAGUCCAAGAGUUGAUGUCCGAUGAUCAACGGGAAGCUGGUAGGAUCCCAAGAACUGUAGAAUGUGAACUGAGCCAGGAUUUAGUGGACAGUUGUGUCCCUGGAGAUAUGGUGACCAUUACUGGGAUAGUUAAAGUAUCAAAUAUUAAAGAUGGAGGAUUUAAAAAUAAAAAUAAUAAAUGUAUGUUCCUGUUAUACAUUGAGGCAAAUUCUGUCAGCAACAGCAAAGGCCACAAAACUAAAGACACAGAUGAAAGUGUCGGUCAUGGAGCCGCCAUGGACUUCUCCUUAAAAGACCUCUAUGCUGUUCAGGAGAUCCAGUCUCAGGAGAAUCUUUUCAGAUUAAUAGUCCACUCACUUUGCCCUGCAAUAUAUGGACACGAGGUGGUAAAAGCUGGUCUGUUGCUUGCCCUUUUUGGAGGUUGCCAAAAAUACGUGGAUGACAAAAACAGGAUUCCGAUUCGAGGAGAUCCCCAUAUACUUGUGGUUGGAGACCCUGGAUUAGGAAAGAGUCAAAUGUUGCAGGCCGUGUGUAACGUCGCACCCCGCGGCAUUUAUGUAUGUGGAAAUACAACCACCACGUCUGGACUGACUGUGACUUUAUCCAGAGACAGCGCUACAGGAGAUUUUGGUUUGGAAGCUGGGGCUCUUGUUUUGGGGGAUCAAGGUGUAUGUGGAAUCGAUGAAUUUGAUAAGAUGGGUAACCAGCACCAGGCUUUAUUGGAAGCCAUGGAACAGCAGAGCAUUAGCCUUGCCAAAGCUGGGAUUGUCUGCAGUUUACCAGCCAGGACAUCUAUAAUCGCUGCUGCCAACCCCGUGGGAGGACACUACAACAAAGGCAAGACUGUCUCUGAGAACCUCAAAAUGGGAAGCGCUUUAUUGUCCCGCUUUGAUUUGGUCUUCAUCCUCCUGGAUACCCCUAAUGAAGACCACGAUCAUUUACUGUCAGAACAUGUCAUGGCCAUGAGGUCUGGGUCCAAGGAGGUCCUACACAGCGCUAACGUAACACGUGCGGACACGCAGGAGUCCAACAUCUCUGUGCUAGAGGUGACUCCAGGCAGACCUUUAAAAGAGAGAUUAAAGGUCCGCCCUGGGGAACAUAUCGAUGCCAUUCCACACCAGCUCUUACGAAAAUACAUUGGUUAUGCCAGACAGUAUGUGCAGCCAAAACUGUCACUGGACGCAGCUCAGGUCCUCCAGAGCUUCUACCUGGAACUCAGGAAACAGAACCAGGGCAUAGACAGUACUCCUAUAACUACCAGACAACUGGAGUCCUUGAUCCGUUUAACCGAGGCCAGGGCAAGAUUAGAGCUGAGGGAGGAGGCCACCAGAGAAGACGCUGAAGAAGUUGUUCAGAUAAUGAAAUACAGUCUACUUGGAACAUAUUCAGAUGAGUUUGGGAGAUUGGAUUUCAACAGAUCUCAGCAUGGUUCUGGAAUGAGCAACCGGUCACAAGCAAAGAAGUUUGUUUCCGCCCUUAACAGGAUCGCAGAAAGAACCUACAAUAAUCUAUUUGAGUAUCAGCAACUUCGGCAAAUCGCAAGGGAGCUGCAGAUACAGGUUUCUGACUUUGACAGUUUUGUGUGUUCCCUCAAUGACCAGGGAUACCUGCUGAAGAAAGGACCUAAAGUCUAUCAGCUCCAGACAUUGUAGGACCGUUUCAUAGAUGCUUUCCCCAUCAUCUGCUCCCUGACAGAGGGCAACCUCAAGCCCUAGGGUACGUCCACGCGGGAUGUAAUUUGCGGCAGAAAAUUCAGCAAAAUAAAUAAAUGAAAUCACUGAGCAAAAUCCGUGUUAGACUUGUUUCCAUGCGGCAAAGCUCUCCGGCAGAGAAGAGCCUGCUGAAGUUCCUCAGAUCCAGCAUUGCUGGAUAGUUCUAUGCGGCCGCUUCCCGGCAAAGAUGCCAGGAUUUAGCCGGACAAAAACCGCCACACCCAACACUUUUGUCCGACCAUUUUGCGGCAUUCUCUGACGAAGAGCUGAUGUGUCGCAGAUGUGAAACUAGCUUUAGUUAAAUGCAGAUUUUGCUGCAGUUUUGCCCCAAAUGUCCCCCUGUGCAUUCCAGAGGGUGAAAUCCGUGUUAAAAUCCACAGCAUUCAGGUCCAUUCACACGUCCGUAGUGCAUUGCAGAUCCGCAAUACACCCGGCCAGC